UAUAUAUAUAUAUACUUCAAUUCUCCGUGUAGAGCUAGGUUAUACCAAGUUUUCCUAGCAUGAUGGCAGAUUAUGAAGCAUCUGCAAAUUCUUCUUCAUCAUCAUCAUGUAAGAAAAAAAAAAGAAAAAAAUACGAAGUGUUCCUCAGCUUUGGAGGUGCGGACACUCGCCUUAAUUUCACAGACCAUUUAUACCAUAAACUGACUCAUGGAGGAAUCGAUACCUACAGAGAUGAGGAAAAGCUUAAAAGGGGAGAGAAUAUUUCAGAAGCACUUUUGGAGGCCAUCGAAGAAUCAAGAUUUGCAGUGGUGGUUCUUUCGGAGACCUAUGCUUCCUCCAGUUCGUGUUUGAAAGAACUUGCCAAGAUUGUCGAAUGCAAGAAAAAGAUGGGGCUGGUUGUUCUCCCAGUUUUCUAUGGUGUCGAACCAACCGAGGUGAGGAAACAAAUAGGGAGAUUUGGGAGGGAAUUUAUGAAAGUUUUCAAAGACAAUGUAGGAAUGGUGAAGAAAUGGAGGGAGGCUUUGCUUGAAGUAGCCAAUGUCUCCGGAUGGGAUCUCAAGGGCAGGCAUGAGUCAGAGGUUAUUGACAAAAUUGUUAAAAUGAUUUCAAAAAUUGUAAAUCAAUUCCCAAGUCACAACAUGAACUUAGUUGGAAUGGCUUCCCGUGAAGAAAAAGUGGAGAUGCUAUUGAAAAUUGGGUUGGAAGAUGUUCGAACCAUAGGGAUAUGGGGUAUGGGCGGAAUUGGUAAAACAACACUAGCUCAACAAGUUUACAGCUCAAAUUUCAACAAAUUUGAAGCUACUGCUUUCGUAACCAACGUAAGAGAGGAAUAUAAUAAAAGUGGUACUUUAAUUCAUUUGCAAAAGCUUCUUCACAGACAGUUGCUUGACAUUGAAGGAAACAUAAAUAAUGAAGAUAUGGGAGCAAAGGUAUUAAGAAGGAGAUUGAGUUCGAUAAAGGUGCUAAUCGUCUUAGAUGAUGUUGAUCAGUUAGCACAAGUAGAAAAAUUAGUUGGAAAUGCUGAUGAACAAGAUGAGUGGUUAGGUCCAGGGAGUAGAGUGAUUGUGACAACUACAAAUAAGGACUUGUUGAAGACAUAUGGAGACAACAACAUUUAUGAGGUUGAUAAACUUACCGAUGAUGAAGCUCUUCAGCUUUUAUGCCGGAAAGCCUUCAAAAUGAAGGAACAACCACCUUCAAGUGAUUUUAUGAAGCUGUCCAAGGAUGUUGUGGAAUAUGCUGAUUGCCAUCCUUUAGCUCUUGAAGUUUUGGGUCCUUUUCUUUUUCGAAGACCUAUAGAUCAAUGGCAAGCCACAUUGGCUAAGCUAAGGAAAACUCCUCAAAAAGACAUUGUUUCAAAGCUUCGAAUAAGUUAUGACGGAUUGGAUUAUAAUCAGCGAAACAUAUUUUUGGACAUUGCUUGUUUCUUCAAAGGAGAGGAUGAAUAUCGUGUGAGAAAGAUCUUGGAAGGUUGUGAUUUUAAUCCUACCAUUGACAUAGAAGUGCUUGUUGAAAAAUCCCUAAUUGUUAGGAAAGGAGAUAGAUUAUGGAUGCAUGAUUUAUUACAACAGUUGGGCCAAGACAUUGUUCGUGGUAAACAUCCUAAUGAUCCGGGCAAAUGGAGCAGGCUGUGGUUAAAUGAGGAUGGACGCAAUGUGUUUGUAAACAAUAGGGGAACACAAGAUAUUGAAGGCAUAUUCCUUAGUUUGCCUGAAAAUAGAGAGAUAUCCUUGGAUGAUGAUCCAAUCUCAAAGAUGACAAUGCUAAGAUUAUUAAAGCUUCGAAAUGUGAAAUUUCUCCAAUUUCAUGGAAAUCUUUCUAAUAACUUGAGGCUUUUGGAAUGGCACAGAUAUCCUUUAGUCUCUAUGCCAUCAAGUUUUCAACCUCAUGAACUUGUUGAACUCAUCAUGCCUAACAGCAACAUUGAACGACUAUGGAAUACAACUCCUGUUCAUUUUGAAAAGUUAAUUACAAUCAAUCUUAGCUACUGCAAGUAUUUGAUCCAAAUCCCAGAUUUUAGUAAGGUUCCCAAUCUUGAAAAUUUGAUCCUUGAAGGUUGUAAAAGAUUAUCACACUUUCAACCAGAAAUUGGCAUGCUCAAGCAACUCAUUCUAUUGAACUUGAAAGAUUGUGAAUCUCUCAAGAAUCUCCCCAAAGGCAUCAACUUCAAAUCUCUCAGAACCUUUAUUCUCUCAGGAUGCAAAAGACUUAAUAAGUUUCCAGAGAUUGUCGAAAAUAUGGAUCAUUUGGCUGAACUUUAUUUGGAUGGGACUGCUAUACAGGAGUUGCCAAUGUCAAUCAAGCGCUUGACGAGCCUUACUUUGUUGAAACUAAGAGAUUGCAAGAACUUUUUGAGCCUUCCAGAUGUCACAUUCUGUUCAAAAUCUCUGAAAAGUCUCGAUAUAUCAGGCUGCUCACCUCUUGAUUGUCUUCCAGAAAACUUGGGGAGCUUGGAACAGUUGGAGUUACUUGAUGCAAGUAGAACUGCUAUAAGAGAAGCACCUCUCUCCAUUCUGAAGCUCAACAACCUUAAAACACUAAGUUUCAGCGAGUGUAGCAGCAUGGCACGUAGUCAUUCUCUUUUUUUUGGCUUUCUGGUGCAAAAGGAAGAGCACACCAGUUUCCGGUUACCCAGUUCUUUUGCUGGUUUGAGCUCUUUGACAUCAUUAAGUUUAAGUAAAUGCAAUCUACCAGAAGGAGCUAUUCCUGAAGAUAUUGGUUGCUUGUUGUCAUUGCAGUAUCUAUAUUUGAGUGAAAAUGAUUUUGAGAUGUUGCCUAAAAGCAUUUCUAAGCUUUCUAAUCUUAGAGAACUUCAUUUGGAUGGCUGCAAAAAGAUUCGGUCGUUGCCAAAACUUCCAUUGAGUAUUAAAUAUGUAUAUGUGUAUGAUUGCCCCAUGUUGAAUGAUUCAAAUGGUCAAUUGACAAUAUGGGCAUCUACUGAGGGAUUCAGUUUUAUAGAUGGACGUAAACCAGACAACAGAAGAGGUUUUUCAUAUCACAGUCUUCCAAUGCCUGAAGAGCAUAUUCAUAUACUCUUUCCAAAAUUUAUCAAGGAUCAAAUUGAUGAUGAAAAAAUUUUCCAAAUCCCAUUUCCUUAUACAAGAAUUCCUGAGUGGUGCAGCCAUGGGGAUACCAAGUCUUCUAUAAGAAUUCAACUGCCUGAAGAAGGUGGUAGAGCUUGGACUGGAUUUGCACUGUUUAUUGUCUUUUUAAUCCAAGAACAUGAAAACUAUGAGGAAGUUUGGGACUUAAAAGAGACUCUUUGUCAUUUUUCCACCAGUGAAGGUUGUCUUCAAAAUCCCAUUGUCAUAGAUAGCUUCAAAAACUUGAAGGUUGGAUCAUAUGGCCUUUGUGUCUAUGUACCAAAAAUAUGUUUUGCAGAAAGGUUGAACAAAGAAAGUCAUAUUGAAGCUUCCGUUUCAACGAGUAGACCGGAUGUGGAGCUGAAAAUGUGUGGCCUGCAUGUAAUAUUCAACCAUGAGGUGACAAUGUUUACUCAAGAUUUGGUUGAGACAAGUACUGAACACCUAAACUUGAAAUCCAUUAAACAUUACAUGCGAGUACUAGAAAGGGCAACCAAAUUGGAAAGAUCAAGUUGUUUAUUAGAUUUUGAACAAAAACAACCGGAAGAAAGAAAAUGCAGGUACAGAAAUCGACCCUUUGUGAGUAUUCAUCUGACCAGCAAGUUGGGAAGUGAUUUACAAUCUUUCCUUCUGAAAAUCUUCCAGGGACUCUGUGUGCGUAAGCACCAUAUGUUUUUUCUUUUCCGUGUCAAAAAGAUUGUAUGCUGGUUCUUCCAUCAAAGCGUAGGGCGCCAUGUAGUGUGCUACCUCCCUAGGAACUUGUUUGAUGAGAAAGAAUGGGUAGGAUUUUGUCUGAUUGCUUUUCUUACUUGGUCUCCAUCUUUUUACAGUAACAAUCAUUUGGAUUCAGAAACUCCUCCAUUGCUUAAUGUUCACUUGCAUUCCCAUCUUGGAAGUAGUAUAUUUUAUAUAACUACUUUCACCAUUGAUGUUAGCAAUAAAGCACUUUUAUUACUUCAUGUACCAAGAAAGUACUUUGGAAAACAGUUGAAUCAAUGUUGGGGAGUAAGUGCGUUGUUCCAAACUAAUAUCCCUGAUGUGCAUGUUGAAAUGUGUGGAAUCCAAGUAGUACAUGAGCAGGAUGCGGAAUUUAUAAGUCAAAUGAUAACUGAUUUUUCAUUGAGCGAUCCAAAUGAACAAAUGCAUCAACAAUACUACGAUGCAUAUAGUAAAAUGGCGAAUUACUUUCUCAGUGAAGUUGAGGCUGGUGAACCUGAGACAGAGGAGAAAGAAAUGUCCUCUAUUGAAAGUAGGGUAUAUGAAUCUUCCUUACAGAAGCUUCUGCAAGGUACUCAACAAGUGGAGGAACAAGUUUUAACUGCAUAUGAGGAACUAUAUGUUCCAUCUGAGACAACAGUGCUUCAUUCCAAAAAAUGCUUUUUUGAUUCUUCAUAUCAAAUGAUCAGAGAUGACAGUUCGACAGAUUCAACGGGCGGUAUCAUCCAUUUACAGGUAAUGGCAGAGACUGCACUUUAUGAUAAUGACUUGAACAAGUGGAAAAAGUAUCUUGAGGAUGUACUUAAAUGUCUCUCCGGGCAUUAUGUCUUUGUUACUCUGAGUCUCAAAGGACGUAUCAUAUCUUUUUUGAAGCCUUUUAAUCCUAUCUCAACAUUCGAUUUCUGUUUCCCUCGAAAGGAAAUCAUAGAUUGGUUUGGAGAUUAUGAUCAUCCUGGUAAGCAAAAGGUGGAAAUUGAAUUACCUCAGAAUCUGACUGAUGAUGAAAAUUGGAUGGGAAUUGCUGUAUGUGCUGCUUUUUCAGUACACGAGCACCUAGGUGCUGCCAUUGAAACAUCUUUCAAACUUCUAUGCCAUUUGCAUACCGAAGUAUAUUGUUUGAAUCCUGCUCCAAUGUUUUGCGUCACUAAAGACAGAUUCAAGUGGCUAUUUGUACGCGGAUUCAUUUGGUUAACAUACAUUCCAAGAUGCUUGUUGCUUGCAGAGUUGAAUGGGAAGAAGUACAUAGAGAUUAGCAUCUACAAUGAGUGUCCUGGCCUGAUUAGGCACAAUCUAAGUGCUCGUCUCAUGUAUCGACAUGAUGUGGAAGAAUUUAGACAAUCAAUAACCAAAUGCAUGACCUCACUUUUCGACAAUAUGGAUUGUAUCCGACGAUUUGUUGAUGAUGAAUCUCAAGCUGAUGAGAUAGAAACUAGCACUGAUCAUUAUGGCAAUUCGUAUAAUGUGGACAGAAAUCAGAGAGAACUCAUUCCUAGAACAAGUGGACUGGAUUUUGAUGCAGACAUGAUUUAUAGCUCAUGUUUCCCUCCUAGUGAGAUUCUAGACUGGUUCAACAGUCAAAGUAGUAUUAAUGGAUGUUCAGUGACAAUACAACUCCCAUCAAAUGUAUAUAAUGAUGGUGAUUUUCUAGGAUUGGCUCUAUGUGCCUAUUUCUCAGAGCUAGAGCAUCCAUUAAAUACUUCUUCUAUUAAUGGCAAUUUUGAUCCUGAAAUGCCUCACCAUUUAGUUUGUCACUUGGAGUUAGAAGUUGAAGGAAACAGAGUUGGUAUUGAAACUCUGCAUCACCAUCGAAUAACCAACAAGGAACUCAACAAGUUACAUCAUGAUCAUGGAGAAUUCAUGUGGCUGUCCUAUAUAUCGCGUAACUGGCUUUCGAAUCAACUGAAUGACUCCAGUCUCAUCGAGGCUUCAUUUGCAAGCGAUAAAGGAUGGUGGAGAGCUCACAAGUGCGGUCUGUGUCUUGUAUACAAUGAGCAGGUGGAAGAGUUUCAGCAGAGAAUAAACCACUGCAUGGCCUUGUUGGGUUGACAAUAAUGUGCUGGUAAGAUCAAAUCUUAAUAAUAAAUGAAAAGAAACAAGAAAACAACACCAUGAUGAUCAGCCAGAAUGUAGCACAUCUCAAAGCAGCUUUAUCUGAUUCUCAGCAAAAUAUAUUAUACCACAGAGAGACUGUAAAGUCACUUAUGCUGCUUCACUCUCACUCUGAUCUGGAUGAUAACGGAUGCAAGUUGAUUGCCCUGCCUCCUAAAGCUCCUCUUCUCUGCUACUAAUUUAAAAAGGUUGAUCAUUAAGGACAUGGUACUGCUUUUAUUUUAUUUUAUUUUUUUUUUUUUGGGUGUUGUAACUUUU